AGAAAUAAUCUUCAAAGAGAGAGGAACUCACAGUAGUCAAAUAAAAGAUCGGUGAACUUCAGAGGAAGUGGGUCUUUAAACAAAAAUAAUUUUCAAAAGUAAAAUUCGCGAGUGUAUCUAAAUCAAAACAUUGUGGUGAAUAGUCAGCCGUUAGUAUCAAUAUGUGAACACAUCAAACAAAUUAAAGAUUUAAUAAUUUGAAGAAAAUUGUGAACUACCAAGUAAUGUAUUUACAAUGCGAAGUUCCACUUAAACUCAACUAUGGUAUGUUGGAAGGAAUAUCAAAGAAAAAUGGCAAGAAAAUGUUUGUGUUGUGAUUUUCAAAUUUGGAAACACUGCAAAUGGCGGACUGUUGAUAAAACGAGAUAAUAUUUAUAAUUAAAAAUAAUUUCACAUUCCUUUAUUGUGCCAUACACACAUAAAUUAAUCGGUAGUUUUAAAGCUAAAAAAAAGUGAAAUAUGUCUGAAGAUUCUCGGCCACUUUUGGGAUCUCUGCGACACCAUCAUUCGAUGAGAUCAAUCUACCAAAGGAUCAGAAUUCUGAGACCGUCAUCUUUAAGAAAAUGCGUAUUUGCAAUUGUGUUGUUUUCGUUAAUAUUAAUUAUUAUUUACUCAAGACAGACGCGCUCACCUUAUUUAACCAAAUUUAUUCAAAGAUCAACGAGACCGGAACCUAACAUACGAUGUGGUGUUAUGAACGGACCUCGGGUUUUACAAAAUCACGAUCACAAAACUGAUGCAAGACUGCGUAGCUACCCGAAAGUUUUAGUUUUCGUAGAAACUAUGUAUUCUCAGUUAGGUAAAAAUAUAGCUGAGCUUCUUGUCCAUACUAGAUUAAAGUACAAAAUUGAGGUUAGUGGUAAAAGUGUACCAGUACUCACUAACUUAGAUAAGGGUCGAUAUGGUGUGAUAGUCUUCGAGAAUUUUAAUAAAUAUCUACAAAUGGACAACUGGAAUCGAGAACUCCUCGACAAGUACUGUCGAGAAUACUCUGUCGGUAUUAUUGGUUUCAUCACACCCGAAGAAGAAACAUAUGUUGGUACUCAACUUAAGGGAUUCCCAUUGUUCAUACACACCAAUCUUAGAUUAAAAGAUGCAGCACUAAAUGCAGCUUCGCAAAUAUUGAGAUUAACCAGAGCCGGAGAAACAGUCUGGGGUGAACUACCAGGGAACGAUUGGACCGUGUUUCAAGCUAAUCAUUCAACGUACGAACCUCUAGAGUGGGCUACUAGAAGUGAUUAUUUCCAAAUUAAUGAUAGUGGUUCUAAAGUUCCACUUCCUACAGUUAUCCAAGAUCACGGUCUAUACGACAAUAUCCAAAGAGUUAUUUUUGGUUCUGGAUUGAAAUUUUGGUUACAUCGACUACUGUUCUUAGAUAGUUUAAGUUACCUUAGUCACGGUCAACUAAGUUUGUCCCUCGAAAGAAAAUUUCUAGUUGAUAUCGAUGAUAUAUUCGUAGGAGAAAUUGGGACUAGAAUCCGACCAGACGACGUCUUAGCCCUGAUUGAUACACAAGACAGAUUGGCGAAUAUGGUUCCCGGAUUCAAAUUUAAUUUAGGUUUUUCCGGAAAGUAUUUCCACCAUGGCAACAAUGAAGAGGACAAAGGCGAUGAUUUAAUAUUGGAAAACGUAGACAAAUUCAUGUGGUUUUCCCAUAUGUGGAAUCAUCAACAACCGCAUCUCUAUGACAACCUCACUUUACUCAUGGAAGAUAUGAUGUUGAAUAAAAAUUUCGCCAAAGAAAAUAGAAUACCAAUCGAUUCGGGUUAUUCGGUUUCGCCGCAUCAUUCUGGCGUGUACCCAGUUCAUGAAAGUUUAUAUACGGCUUGGAAAAAAGUUUGGAAUAUCCGAGUAACGUCCACAGAAGAAUAUCCUCAUCUAAGACCGGCUAGAUUGAGAAGGGGAUUCAUACACAGAAAUAUAAUGGUGUUACCGAGACAAACGUGCGGGUUAUUCACCCAUACUAUGUUCAUAGACAGGUAUCCUGGAGGUAGGGAAAAACUAGAUGAAUCUAUACAGGGCGGUGAACUAUUUCAGACCAUAGUAUAUAAUCCAAUAAACAUAUUCAUGACCCAUAUGUCGAAUUAUGGUAACGAUAGACUAGGUUUAUAUACGUUUGAGUCUGUAAUCAAAUUCGUACAAUGUUGGACCAAUAUUAAAUUAACUUCAGCGCCUCCUUUACAGUUAGCUGAAAGUUACUUUAAACUCUAUCCUGGUGAAGCAGAUCCUGUUUGGGGAAACCCAUGUGACGAUCAACGACACCAAAAAAUUUGGUCUAGAAAUAAAUCAUGCGAUUCGCUUCCAAAGUUUUUGGUAAUCGGUCCUCAAAAAACUGGCACCACUGCGCUUUAUACAUUCUUAUCACUACAUCCAGCUAUAGCUAGUAACUUACCAAGUCCUACUACAUUCGAAGAAAUACAAUUUUUCAAUGCUCAUAAUUACCUGAGAGGAUUAGAUUGGUAUAUGGAUUUUUUUCCUACCGAUUCUAAUUCUUCAGCCAAAUAUUAUUUUGAAAAGAGUGCUACGUAUUUCGACGGUGAAUUAGUACCCAAAAGGGUACAUGCUUUAUUGCCGCACGCCAAACUUAUAACUAUCCUAAUAUCUCCUGCUAAAAGGGCGUAUUCUUGGUAUCAACAUACGAAAGCGCAUGGUGAUAUAAUUGCGAAUAAUUAUAGUUUUCAUCACGUCAUAACUGCCAGUGAUACAGCUCCGAAACCCCUGAGAGAUUUAAGAAACAGAUGCUUAAAUCCAGGGAAAUACGCGCAACAUCUGGAAAGAUGGUUAACUUAUUUUCCAUCACAAUCAGUUCACAUAAUAGACGGAGAAGAAUUGAAGAAUAGUCCUGUAGAAGUUAUGAAUGAACUUCAAAAGUUUCUGAAGAUCAUGCCAUUUUUCAACUACACCCAACAUUUAAGGUUUGAUCCAAAAAAAGGUUUCUACUGCCAAGUAAUAACCGGAGACCAUACCAAAUGCCUUGGACGCAGCAAAGGUAGACAGUAUCCUCCCAUGGAGGAAAAAUCCCACAAGUAUCUACAGAGGUACUACUUAAGUCAUAAUACGGCCCUAGUGAAGUUAUUCAAAAAAAAUGGAAUUCGAAUUAUACCAAACUGGCUCAAAGAAGAUUUAUCUGAUAAUACUGAUAAUAAUUCUAAUUAAUUUUUUAUUUUUGUUUUAUUUAUUGAUUAUCCUAGAUUAUUCUAGUAGUAGUAGAUUAUCCUAGCUACCAUAUUCUAUUGAAAAUGCAUAAUAAUUCAAUAGAUGUACUCGAAACGUUUUUCACAAAAAUAUAUUAUAUAGUUUCGAAACAGAAAUGCAUUACAUUAAUGUUUAUUUUUCAAAUACUUGUACCUAAAUAAGUACAAAAAAUAGAUUUUGAUUACUGUAUACUCAUACAAUACGUUUAAUCAUGCAUUAAACCAUACAAUUGAUCUACUUUUAUUUUGAUUCAAAUACAAGAUCAUAAUUUUCGCUUUUCUCUUUUAAUAAUUAUAGUGUUUUCAUUUUAGCUCAAUUAAUGCGAAAGGAAAAACAAUCUGCUCUUUAAUGGCAUAAACCCUUGAAUUUUGGGGUGGAGAAUACUGGGUCCGGUCCAUUCCUUAGACCAUACAGUUACAUAGACUUAUACUUUGACCGGGAAAGAGACUGUACUGUUCAAGAUGUUGUUAGUUUUACUUGGUUUUGAAUCAUUAUUGAAUAAUAUACAAUUACAAGAGCUGCUACUUUGGCCGAGAAACUAGCUUUACAUGAUUCUAUAAUCCCUUGGAGGGUUUCAGUUACUCAAGAAGUAUUGAAAAGUAUUUUCAGUACCUUUAUGGUUCAAAGAAUCAAAAAUAUUUUCUAUUUUGUUUAAGUAAUCGAAAUCCGUUUAUUAAUCCCUGAAAAAAAAUAAUUAAAGUAAUUUUAUUCUCUCAUCCUAAUUGGAAAGCAGAAAAUAGUAUGAAUUGGAAUUGAUAUUCGAAUUCCCGUCGAUUAGGUUAGUCCUAAUAGAUGUUUUGCCAGUUUUCUUUUGCUAGGGAAAGUAGCGAUCAAAGUAACUGUGGUCUAAGGUUCCAUCUGUUUCAGUCAUUUAUGAAAUUUGUUGUUUGUAAUACUACCACCUUAAUGUGUCUCCACUCAAUCACAGUCAUAUUCGAAUUUCCAUUGGUCACUUUAGUCUCAAUAGAUGUUUUGCCAGUUUUCUUUAGAGGAGAAUAGGAGAGAAAUAGCAGUCCAAGUAACUUCAAUUUGUUGCCAGUGUACUGUCCUUUCAGUUUGUGUGUCGGGAUAGGUAUCGGAUAUUUAUUUGUAAAUAAAAAUAUUAUUAGGCAUUCUUUAAUAAUGGUAAUAAAGGACAAUCUGCUUAACGUUUAAAUAAUGCCUAGUAAAAUAGAAGAUUGAACAGUAUUUUUUACAACUUUAUUAUUUAUAAAUUAUUGUAUAAAUAACAUACUUCUGUUUACCAGUCAUUAUCUAAGUUAUGUUAUAAGGUCUAAAUUAAUUUCUUGUAGGCAAAUAUUGUCUCGAAGAAAUAUGGAUUUAUUUAAAGCAACUAAAAUAUACAUACGAGGUGUGAUAACAAAAUAUUGUUAUUUUAUAAAAUUCAAAUUCAUAUCCACGAAACUACUGCCUUGGUUAACAAUGUACUUAUUCCAAUGUUGAAUCCAGAAGCGACUUCCAUAUGCUCUGUCUUGAUCUUGUCAAUGUGAAUAGUAGGAAAAUCUCUUUUUAAAUAGCCUAUACCACUUGUCACUACAGACAAAUUUCUUGAGCUUCUUUGGUACUAAAUGAAAUUUAUUUAUUAUUUAAUUCUACAAUAUUAGAUGUACAUACUGCAAUAAAAAUUCAUUGAUCUUAUUUUAUUAUCACCCCUCGUAUAUUUUUUAAUCUGUACCUUUGAAUAAUUUUGUAUAUUACUUGUAUAUUGAUUAUAUUUUAUUUUUGUACUUAGAUAUUUUAUUCUGUGUAUUUUUAUUAGGAAUUCAAUGAGAAGAUUGAACUUUAUGUUCGGUUUUGUAGCUGUUACAAUAAUUAUUUUCGAAAUAAUGAAUUAAACCAACUUUAUAUUGCAACUCAUUUGAUAAUGUCUUUUAAAAAAAUGUUUUCAACUUGUCAAUUCCCUAUAACAUCUCUAUUUGUCCAAUCAGUCAGGUUCUAUGUGUUUUAUAAUAUCAUCUUCUCAUCUCAUUUGAGGCAAUCUUCUUCUUUAUAUUUCCACGCUCUCUAAUUCUUGAUACGUUUGUUUCUACCAACAUUUAUCCACAAAAUUUUCCCACGUAGCACACUUUUUGUUUUUGUAUUUAUAUCCAUAUUCAGGAUUCGUAAAUGAGAAAAUUGAUUGGUAAGUUGAAAUUUUUGCACAAACAAAUCCAUGAAUUCUUGGAUGAAAUCCAUUGCAAUAUUUCACUAUAACACGGAUUCGAAUUUUCGAUUCAAUUACAACUGCUACAAUCACUUCUCGCAAAGAAUAAGUUCAAACGAAUGGCAACAUUCAAGAUUACACUGUCUGACGCGCGUUUCGUUAACCAAGUUUACGUCUUCAGAGACUGAAGGUAAACAGUUUACUGAACACUCUAGUUUAUACUACCAAUACACCAACACUCACAACUACACUGUCAGUUUACUUUCUGAAGACGAUAACUUAGUUGUCGAAACGCGCCUCAGACAGUGCAAUUGUGAGUGUUGGGGUAGCGGUAGUGUAAAUAGUGUUUCAGUAUGAAUAUCACUAACGGUUCCAGAAGUUCCAACUUAAUCACUAGGAUAAUAGACUAUGAAUCAAUUAAAAUUAUAUAUUAUGUGUUAAAUGAACGUUUAGAAGCUGUACUAAUUAUGUGAUUGUAUUUGUGAACCAUUGAUAUAGACAGUGAUUAAAAAAAUGAAAAUGUCGUGUAAAUAUCGAUGGUUUACAUGACACAUGAGAUAGUUACGAAGGGGAAAUUUAGAGAAACAUAUAAAUAGCAGAAUAAGUUGGAGAAAAGCUCUCUUUUGUGUCUCUUAGGCAGUUUGAUCUCUGAGUGGUGUUGUUUUAUUUAUUGGUAUCAAUAAAAGGAACAAUAUAAAUGUGUCGAGAAGUACCUGCACAGUGUAUUAUCAACAUUAUCACGUAUUUGUACAGUUUGGUUAUUCAACUGUACGACCCAGCUAAUUUUGUUUCAAUUCCGACCAAUUUCUACCAAUAAUUCAUGCAUUUGGUCCCUGUGUGCAUUGGUAAUAACCAUAUUAAACACACUGUUCACACUACCACACUAACAGUUACACUAAACUUCUUAGUUCACCUUCAGUCUUUGAAGACGAUAACUUUGUUAUCGAAACUCGUGUCUGACAGUAUAGUGGUAAUAAAAACAGUGUGUUCAAUAAAAUUACUACUUUAGAGUUUAAAUUUCGUCAAAUAUGGCCUAAACCAUUAUCUAGUUUUUCAUAUCAUUUCCAUCUCAUUCUAAUUUUCUUAAAACUUCCUGUAGAGCCUCAUUUGGUAUUUUGAGAUACUUAUGAAUUAAUCAUAUUAGAAUAUUUGAUGAAUCGAUGAAAAUUAUAUGGCAAAUAAUUCGUAAAGAUGACAUAUCAGUGUAUAGUGGCAAUAUACUUCUUUUUGUAUUAUUACUAUAAUAAAAAAUAUUUUGGAAAAAUAUUUUCAAUACCUAGAAUUCAAUUGAACAAUUUAGAAUAUUGCAAAAAGUUGAAAUUAUAAAUCAAAGUGCAGUUGCCAUAAUGUGAGGUAUUAAAAAAUAUUGGACCCAGAUAAACUUCCAAUAAUUUGUCUUCAUUCAUUUGUUCAUAUUGGUAAUUCUCAUAAAUCUAUUUAAAAUCGAUUUGAAUAGAUUAAAUAAUUAUGAAAUCUUAUCAUUUUUUUUUUUAAAUGUAGAAUAAAAAAUUCGGCUAGGUUAAAUUAACCUACCAAUUAUGGAGUAAAACUAAUAUUGCAGUUUGAACAUGACUGAAAAAAUACUUACAUCAAUAUGUAAGUAAUCAAAUUAUUGUAGUAGUAAUCACAGUUCAAUUAAAACAAUAUGAGUUUACAAAAAAUAUUUUACUUCUUUGGAAAUUAUUGAAAUAUCUCAGUGUGAUUCUUGAACAUUGUUUUGAACAAAGCUCAAAAAAUUAUAACCUACAGUUUACGGUAGCUCUCAAAAAUCAGAUCCACAAUGUCUUCUCAUUGAUUCUAACCCAAAAUACUCAAAAUUUAGCUGAAAUAACAUCCUCUUCUGAUCAGUUUUGGGGCUUGAAAGUUUCAAUAAGCAAAAAACGUAGUCUGAAUGUCGUUACCUCUUAACUCAUCAUCCCCUCACUUUUAUUCAAAAUGAGGGAAUUACAAAACAAAUCAUAACCUAAAAAAAUCUCACAACAUAACCUUUCGUUACCAGCUAGCUUAUCGCUACGCUUUCUAACCUCUAAAAACUUGAAGUCAGUUCGCCAUUCCGAACAAGUAACCGUACUACCAACUGUCAAAAACUAAUGCGAGUAUUACCAAAGUUCUUAAAAAUAUACCUACUUAUGGACUGUUGGUAACGCUGUGAGGUAAUGACUAUUUUUCAUAGGGUAAAUAUCGAAUUAACAUUGGAUAAGUAUUUAAUGACUUAUGAUCCUAAAUUCAGAGAAAUUUUGAAAGUUUGUUGUAUUUACAAUAGACAAGUCAUAGUUCCGAACAGAUUUUUUUAAAACUUUAGACAAAGUUCUAAUCCUGAUAUCGAGACAUAGUGAGGGAAGGAUUUUCAUAGUACUAUAUAUGUUUAAUUCCUCACAAAUUCCCGUACAAUCCCAUAGUUAUUACCAACAAAUUUUUCCUUAAUUUUCACUGCCUAAGAUGGAAUAAAAUGAAUGUUUCGAAUUCAAUUCUUCUACUCUCUUUACUCAAUUAUUAUGUCUAUCUACACUUACUGGUGUAAGACAUGGGGUUGAGUCUUUUGUUUGUGCUGGUACCUCAUCUAUUUUCUCCCCUCUGUUUCAGUGGCUUUAUUGAUUUCUUCCAUCCUCAUCUUUAUUUAUUGUUCUUACUUCUAGCAUUCUUUUCAUCCUUUUCAGUUGUCCGAACCAUCUUAGUUGAUUUUCUCCUAUGUAUUGUUUUGAAUUCAACAUUUACCAGUAUGUUCUUAUCUUUAUCUCUCAUAUUCUUAAAGGUUACAUUUUUCUUUUCUGUUGUUUCCUCAUGAUGUUAUAGGAAAGCUUUGGAUUGUCUCUGUAUGAUGAUGUCAGUUUCAUCCCAAAGCUUUUGAGAGGAUAAAUAAAUGUAUUGAAUUCAGUUCUUUUUAUUCUAUUUGAAAUAUUUUAUCUGGGUCCAUUUACACACAGUUCAGAUCCAUAAAUAUUUUACUACAUCUGCAGAUCUGUGCUGUGUGUUCUAAAAUAAUUACAGUAAUACAUAUUCGUAUUUAAAUAUGUAAUUAAAUGAAUAUGAACGUGCAAUAGAGUAUUCGCGUCCAGUGAUAGAGCUUGAAAUGAGUAGAUGUUAAAUAAUCUUGGUGUAUUCUUUCUGUACAAAAUGUGUUUGUUUAUUCUAAUGUUAUGUUUUAUAAUAUUUCUUAAACAUAUCUCUAUGACUGAAUGUUACAAUUUUUAUAACUUGAAACAUUCAAUUGAAUAAUAACAAAACAGAAAUAUUCACAAAAUAGAACAAAAUUCUAUGAAGGGUUAGUUUUUGCUUUUUAAUAUAUAUGCUACUGAAAAAUAAGAGAAACAAAUAAAAAUUGAAACUAUUUUCUUACAAAAAAAAACUGAACUCACCGUUUAAUACUGCUACACCAACACAAACACAUUGUCCGGUCCUUCGAGCCGGAUAUGAACCAGCGACUCAUUGUAGAAUGUAGUGCUGGUAGUAAAUUGUCCAGGGGGUAACUAUAGGCUGCGACUUUAUCUGCUUUUAUCAAGGAUCAUUUACAGUCAUCUAGUUCCAGAGUCCUUAUAAACUCCAAUAUCUACGAUGACUUCAAGUACUUCACAUCUUCAUUCCUACAAAUCUUUGUAGUUUGUAAUUGCAGAAUAUUCUGUAACUGGAUGAUCUGGAGUUUCUUCUUCUUCCCCAUAAAAUUUCUGCUAAACCAAGUUAUUGAAAAGUUCCAAAAGUUUUUUUUAUAAUAACCCAGUCUUAAAAAAUUUUAAUAAAACGAAAUCCUGGCUUUGCAGUAACAACCAACAAUGGUUGAAUGUUAUGUAUGGUCGUUAAUGGUAUGCGGAGUAUAGUCGUGGACUCCAAAGGCCAGGAAGAUGAACCAACUGGAGGCAUUCGGAAUGUGGCUUCAGAGAAGAAUGCUUUGAACUCCAUGUUAUAAACGAGAAUGUACUACGAAGAGCAAACGUCAGAAAGUAACAGUUGUGGCUCAGAGAUAUUCGAGACUGGACCGGCAUAACAAGGGAUGCUGAACUUUUUCUCUUGGAAGAGGACCAUGGUGAUUGCCAAUGUCAAGGAGACCGGACAAGGCACGUGAAAGGAGGGGUCUUGGAAACAUCUGCCAAAAUAAUUCUUUUCCAGAUUAUUCCUUAUCCUGGAACCCUGGAACAGGUUCCAGCCAAGUCUGGUGCAAUGGUAAUAUUGUUCGGUAUCAUUAUCAUCAACAAUUCUUAAUUGCAAGGACAAAACUAUGAUUCGUAAUGCUGUAAAAAAUUGCUGAAUCUAGUGAACUCUACACAGUUCGUCAAUAAAUUUUUAUCCUUGUGGUAGCUAGAAAUUUAACGAAAAUUGAAAUUAUGGGGAAUGUACUAAGUAUUUAGAGAAUAUGAUCGUUAUAAAUCUACACAUUAAAUUAUGAUUUGUUUGAAUGAAUUGAAUGUUUCAAGUUUAGACAGAUCGAAGUAAUAAUUUAUUCAAAACUUGUACAUAAAUAUGUGUGCCAUUAUUGUAAACGGUUCAUAGUAAACUGGAAACGCGAUAACUGAAAUAUGUAUUUUUAUUUGUAAAAAAUUUUAUCAUUUUUUUAUAAAUAAGGUAAUGGAUGGAAAUUCUUUUAGUUAAAUUUCCUUUCUGAAAAUUCUGUUUACAAAAUGUUUCUGAUGCAAAGGUGUAUUAAAAUUUUCCAUAACUUCAAUUUGAUUAAUUUUUCUAGUAAAUUGAUUGAAAGUUUUUAAUUAUUGACCUUAGAGCAAUAUAUUAUUAAAUAUCAAAAUAAAGAAGUUGAGAUAUGGUUUAAAGUCUUCAAAAAAUUAGUAUGAACCGACUUACAAAAACUUAAAUGAACUACAUAAUGGUGAAUAUUCACGGUUUAAAUGUAUAAUCCAUAGAAACUUUAAAAUUGUAAUUUUUAUACAUUUUUUAUAAAAAAGUUCAUAAUUUUAUAGCAAAUAUUUUGUUGUAUUUCAAAUCUGUUGACUAAUUUUUUUUAAAGUUACUAUGGCUAAUUUUCAUUGUCCAAGAAUAUUGAAAAAUAUAAAAAAUAUACUGUA